AUGUUUGAAGGCGGAACAUCAAUAGAUUCUCCAAUAUUCUACUCAUCUCCUACCGGUUAUAAAAUGCGUGCUCGAUUAUCUUCAUAUGGUAAUGAUAGCGAUAGCCGGGCGCAUUUAUCUGUUUUUCUCACAUUGUUGCAAGGUGAAUAUGAUGCUAUUCUUCGUUGGCCUUUCCCUUAUAAUGUAGCGUUUUGCCUGUUUGACCAAACUAAGCGCUCUCGUCAUAUUAUCGAUAUGUUUCGUCCAGAUACAAAUUCAAUUAGCUUUCAACGGCCGUCUAGUGAUAGGAAUGUCGCUAGUGGAAUACGAAAGUUCUGCCCAUUGGCAUUGCUGCAGAACAAAGAUAGUCCCUAUGUUAUAGACGAUACAAUGAUUAUUAAAAUUAUGGUUGAUUUUGUUGGUAUACCGCGUGAACUUCUACCUGAUAUGUUUAAGAUGGAUCCCGGUUUACCACCGCACGUUCAACAUUCUAGAAUUAAUGACAUCAGUAGCAAUUUUCAAACAAUUCAAUCUACUCGUGUUGCGGAAAUUUUACAAGCUGAGCUGCAGAUAUCACAAAAUGCCCAAUAUCCGCUAUCGACGAUCUCACCUUCGAUACAAAUGCUGCAUGCAGAUUCAGCGGCAAGUUCAUUAUCGGCUGAAUAUGACGACGAAGAUUCUGAAAUCGAACAGUCGCAUGAGUGCCGCUGA